CAACGCUCCGCUCUCUUUCUCCUCCAAAGUAUGUUAUAUAAAAUACCGAGAGCCUUCCAGUGUUGGCGUGGCCCAACACUUAACCAACACGGUUUUUAUUGACAGAGCUUUGAUAGUUGUGCCCUGCGCAGAAGCUGUUGUUCCCAUUUCUAAAGAGUGGUCUUUUUCUGCACUCCCUCUAAAUUUGGUUCUCGUUUUAUAUAUAUAUUUUUUUCUUUAAAAAAAAAAAAAUUUUAAUAAUGCUUGUCCUGGUGACUUGGUGCCAGAUGGAUACUGAGUUUAUUAAUUUGGUUUUGUAUGUUUUUUUUCUGUGUGAUUAUGUGUGCAUAUCAGAUGACUAGACUGGCCCAGCUGGUACACUACACUAGCCUGUGUACGGCAUUGUUUGCCAAGCCACUAUUCCCGUUGGGGCCAGCGCAGCCUUCAGGGGGGAAUGUGACCAGGAGAAUUACCGCUGAAUCCUUCCAAGAUGGACACCUUGUCUCUUUUUAUUUCUUUAUCAUUUUAUUUUAUUUCAUUUUGUUUUCUUGUCCCUUGUUUGCCUUUAAGAGAAAAAACGUCAUCACAAUUGUUGACCUUGUUUACCUGUUUUGAUUCUGUUCUCCCUCAGUACGUUAUCCCAUAAUGAUCUCCUCGCAUGCUUGUCUGAAUAUUGUCUGGGCUGACAUGACCAGUGCCCGUGGACUGUGUUUUUGAUGCAGCCAACAUGAACGGUUGUCUUGUGUUGCACACCUUUCCAACACUGCGAAACGAUCGCCCCACGGAAAGGCGCCCAUGCUUGAUAUCGUAUGGUUCAUGACCAAUAUGUUUCCAGUACAGGUAAAAUUCCAGAGGAGGCCAAGGCCUUGUCGCUCUUGGCCCCGGCCACUCCCGUCGCCAGCCUGAUGCCCGGGGGCGGGCUCCUGCCCAUCCCCACACCAGCGCCUCUGCAGAAUCUGGGAAUCCCAAUCAGCAACCUUGGGGCAAUGCAGAGCGGCCUGGAUUCGUCUGUGGCAGCCUUGAGUGGUGUUUCUGCACAGCCCCCCAUCAUGGGCAAUGUGGAUCCCUCAAAGAUCGAUGAGAUCAGGAGGACUGUCUACGUGGGCAACCUGAACUCGCAGACCACCACAGCAGAGCAGUUGCUGGAGUAUUUCAAGCAAGUAGGAGACGUGAAGUUUGUGCGUAUGGCAGGGGAUGAGACUCAGCCCACGCGCUUCGCCUUUGUGGAGUUUGCCGACCAGGAGUCUGUGUCAAGGGCCCUUACCUUCAACGGGGUUAUGUUCGGCGACCGGCCGUUAAAAAUUAAUCAUUCCAACAACGCGAUCGUCAAGCCCCCAGAGCUGACGCCUCAGGGUGCUGCGAAGGAGCUGGAGGAGGUGAUGAAGCGGGUCCGGGAGGCACAGUCUACCAUUGCGGCAGCCAUCGAGCCGGGAGAUGAUUCCGGGAAGAAACGUUCCACUACCAGCUCGAGGAGGUUGAGGAGAUCUCGGAGUCGCUCGCGCUCCCGGUCCCAGUCACGGAGGAAAAGGUCCCGCUCUAGGCACAGGAGCCGUCCCUCCACAAAGUCAAGGUCAAAGAUUGGCGAGUCCCACGGCUCUCGCGCUUCGCACAAAAAGCGUUCGCGGUCCAGGGAUCGGAGGCAUUCGCGAAGUCGUUCACGGUCCAGGGACAGGAGGAAGGAGAAGGAAGGGAAAACACGGGCCAAAGAGGAGAGCUCCCGGGACAAGGAGGACAGGAAGCCCAAGGACAAGAAGGGCAAGACGCCCCCCAAGAGCUACAGCGCCUCCCGCAGGUCACGCAGCACAAGCAGAGGUCAUCGGAGGAGGAGCCGGAGCCGGUCCAAGACGCCCAGGAGAAAGAUGAAAUCCCCAUCCCCAAAGAGGGGCAAGAAGGACAAGAAACGUGAUAAAGUGAGGGAUAGCAGCCGAGAGCGGAGUGAUCGGGAUAGGUCGAGGAGGAGCGGACGGGAUGAGGAGAAGGCGGAGCGCAGGUCCAAAGGUGGGAAGGUGAGGGCGGCUGCUGUCUGCCGGGGCCUCCUCGCACAACAUGCGGAGAGGGAUUCGGACAAGGAGAAGACAUACGAGAGUGAGCGGGAGGGUUCGUUGCCUGCUGGCGAGGAGAUGACCUCCCAGCUCCAACACAAUGGCAGCUACAGCAAGCAUGGCGAGGACACUGCCUGCACUGUUGUCGACGAUCAGUGAGGGCACCGCUGAGCCCAUCUACCCACCUGCUCCCGCUCCCCACUUCCUGCCUCUUGUAGGUCCUGCAGCCAAUGUGAUCUUCACCAAACAGACUGUAGCUGAUUGCCCUCUUCCUGUGAAUCCAUUUGUCACCCAACAUGUACAGAAAAUGGAUGAACCCGUCGCACUCUCCUUCACACUAAUAGUACCUUCAUUUCAGUACCAGCUAUAUUAAACGCGUAGAUUCUUGUUCUGCUUUCUCAUUUCCCCCCCCCCCCCCCCCCACAUGAAAGUUGUUUUCCGUUGUCAAGGUUGGAUGUCCUGUUUUUUUAAGAACAAAAAAAUUCCCUUGUUUGUAAGAAAUGCUAAUUCCCCCUAUUGUAAAAUAGGUCAGCAGACCUCGACUUGUUUUAAAGAGGCAGAGAUCUCACAUGGUGGGGGAAUGGUGAGUGUCCGUGAUGGAGGGACUCCAGAGCAGCUUGGCUUAUCUGUGGAGAACCCCUCCCCCGUCCCAAUGCCAAAUUCAGUUACAUGUGUCCUGCGGUGUCAGGCGGGCCGCACUGUACUUUUGGCAAAUUUUUCGUAAGCCCCCAUCAGCUGAAAAGAACAAAAGGUCUGCAAGCACAGCAACACAAGUGCCUCCGGUGGAAGACGAAGGGGCGUCCUGGACGAGCAGCAGUCUGCUUCAGUGGUGUGAGCACGCAAAAGGGGAACAGAACACUGAACACACAGUCAUGGCUGGUCAGAGAUGUAGAGACGCCUCUUCGUGCUCUGCAGUUUUAUAAGGCAUCUCACAGAGCUUUGCCCGUUUUAACCGAGGUUUUAAACCCAGAAGUUUAAACGUUUUACUUUUUAGAGCAGUACUUUGUUUCGCCAAUAGCCACAAGCACCCAUGUAUGUCUAGGAACUGAUAUGUGUUAUACAAAAGACUUUUCAGCUAUGUGUUUUGUAUUUCAUUUUCUAUUCCCCUAAGAUGAUGGAUUACCCAUUGUGUGUUUGAGUCUGAAUUUGGUCUUUUGGAAGAAAUGAUUUACUCAGGACAGAAGUGUUAUUACAGGCGUGACACAUUUUGAAGUGUGUUAAAAAUAUAUAUAUAUCAUUUUUAACUGUGUGGAGAGUCAGUGUGGACUUCCCCGAUUGUACACCAUUUGUAUACUUCUAAAGUUUCUUUAGAGGGUGACUUUUUUUUGAUAAAGUGGCAAUUCUUUUGCA